GAGCCGUGUGAGACUCUUAAACCACAUCACUCAACUUCAUCUUCCAACUUCACAUUCUUCUUUUCAUUCUUUACAACAAAGCUCACAAACACACCCCAUGGAGAAGCAAGAAGCAAUAGUUCUGUAUCCGUCACCACCAAUAGGCCACUUAGUAUCCAUGGUCGAGUUAGGCAAACUCAUCCUCUCCCAAAACCCAUCUCUCUCCAUCCACAUCAUCUUAGUCCCACCUCCUUACCAGCCCGAAUCAACCUCCACCUACAUCUCCUCCGUCUCCUCCUCCUUCCCUUCAAUCACCUUCCACCGCCUCCCAACCGUCACUCCAUACUCCUCAGCAGCCUCACAAAGCCACGAGGCACUCAUCUUAGAGAUCAUCUGCUUCAGCAACCCAAACGUCCACCGUACUCUCUUCUCCAUCUCCCAAACGUUCAACCUCCGCGCCAUGGUCAUCGACUUCUUCUGCACCGCCGUCCUAGAUGUCGUCACGGGUGACUUCACGUUCCCGGUCUACUACUUCAUCACCUCUGGAGCCGCCUGUCUCGCCUUCUUCUUGCACUUCCCCACUCUCGACGAAACAACCGCCGGAAAAAACCUCAAAGACGUCCACACGCUACUCAACAUCCCCGGCGUUCCUCCCAUCAAAGGCUCAGACAUGCCUACACGGUUACUGGACCGCAACGAUGAGGUUUACGAUGCAUUUAUAUCGUUCUCUAAGCAGCUAUCGAACUCUUCAGGGAUCAUUAUCAACACCUUUGAGGCGUUAGAAAACAGAGCCAUCAAGGCCAUACCAGAGGAGCUCUGUUUUCGAAAUAUAUAUCCUAUCGGACCGCUCAUUGUUAAGACAAGAACCGGAGACAAUAAAAAUGCAGACUCUUGUCUGAACUGGCUAGAUUCUCAGCCGGAACAGAGUGUUGUGUUCCUCUGUUUCGGUAGCUUGGGUUUGUUCUCGCAAGAACAGCUCAAGGAGAUCGCUAUUGGUUUAGAGAGAAGCGAGCAGAGGUUCUUGUGGGUGGUCCGUAAUCCACCGGAGCUACAAAACCAAACCGAACCGGACUUGACGUCUCUCUUACCGGAAGGGUUUCUAAACCGAACCGGAAACAGGGGAAUGGUGGUUAAAUCGUGGGCUCCGCAAGUUCCGGUUCUGAACCAUAGAGCAAUCGGCGGGUUCGUUACUCACUGCGGCUGGAACUCCAUUCUUGAAGGUGUUUGCGCGGGUGUACCGAUGGUGGCUUGGCCGUUGUAUGCUGAGCAGAGGUUUAACAGAGUGGUGAUUGUUGAUGAGAUCAAGAUUGCUAUUUCGAUGAAUGAAUCGGAGACAGGGUUCGUGAGUUGGAUGGAGGUGGAGAAACGAGUCCGGGAGGUAGUGGAGGAAGGUCCGGUUAGGGAGAGAACCAAGGCUAUGAAGAAUGCGGCUGAGUCAGCCUUGGUCCAAACCGGUUCGUCUAGUCACGCGUUGACUGCUUUACUCCAGUCGUGGAGUCCAAAACAAUCUUAGACUCUGCGUCAGGUUAAGUUUUGUGAUAUAAGAAAGCACUUGGUGCGAAUAAGGUGAAGUGUGUGUGACUGCAGAAGGCUAUGACCGAUUGAGAUGUGAUGAGACUGAGGGUGAAAUAAAACGGCUAGCUAUGCUUUUGUAACAAGCAAGUGUUACUUGGUCUGAGUUUGAAUAAGUUCUCCUUCAUUAUAGGAGGUUAAACAAGUCUUUAUUUCAGUUUGGUGUAUGAGUUGAUUUCUAUUUCAGUUGUAAUGUUUAAAGACCUAUUUAUGAGAUCAUUUACUUUGAGUUCAACAAGAAA